UUGUUUUGACUCAUUUGCCGCCAUUUGUAAACUCUACUGUCGUGACGUCACGCUGUAUUAGUAUCCCUUUCAACAUGUGGUACGAAAAUAGAACAGUAUUUCCCGAAAGAAUGCAGGAAUUUGUCGUGUUUCAGUGCGGAGAGUAGCAGAUAAUCUUGGAAGUAAAAUGGACUAGUCAAAGAAAAAUUUGGUAUAUCCAAUGAUGAAAUCCAAUACAAUGUUUCGAGACCAAGUGAAUUCCUUGAACAGUUGGUUUGAGAAGUGGAAUGGAUGUGAGAAAACUGUGGUUGUAUAUGGACUUCUAAAACACUUGAGUGCCACACAGAUCAAAUUCCUGGCUCAGGUGUUACAACAGAAGGACUGUUCAGAAGUGGAGGGACUGGAGGCAGAGGCCAAUAACCCAGCAUAUAUUCAUCAACUGCGAACCGAGCCACAGGAAAUUGCUGUACAAAAACUAUUAGCCCACUUUCCACUGUUGAAAGUUGGCAGUGUCAAAGCCAAAACAGAGUAUUUAGCUCUAAUUCCUCAAAUUCUGACUUACUCCAAUGAAAAUGGUGCUUACGUGGAGGAGAGUCGACAGUUACUGUCGUACUCCGUCAUUCACCCCGCUCUUACCAGUGAGGAACACGCCCAUUUCAACUGGUGGAUCUCUCACCUUAAUGAACGUUUUACUUCCACUUUCAUUUCUAAUCCCCAUCAACCGUCUCAUAUUUCAAACCCCAAAGGGGAUCAUACGGACUUCACGCAGUGCUUGCCCAGGCAAGGGGUGACUGGUCGCGCCAAUGGUUCUUUCUCUUACUACAGAGACUCUGCUAUGGAGGAAACCUUGACACAGAACAAAUUGAUGUUGUCAGAAGAGAACCUGUCUAACCCGUUCCAUAACCAGAAUACCAUGAGCUCAACCCCCAACCACCAUCUUCCACUAACGGCCACCCUGUCUGCCCCGGCCACAGUCAAUGUGAUUAAUUCAUCAUCUCAACAUACCCAUACUCAAAGCAAUCAAGAGAAUGUUAAACCAGUGAAUCAACACAAUAAACUGUGUCGUAAACCUUCAUUACACCCCCACGGUCUGUCCAUGACUUCCAGUAUAAAUCACGUCAAUGACUGGUUACAGAACAGUGAAAGUGAAGUGCCUUACAAUCGAGGGCGGUCAAAUUCGCUGACCUUUGAGCAGAUGCAGGGAGGGCACCCUCCCCUCUCCCCCCAGAGCAGUAUUACCUCGUCUGGGAGUAGUGAUACUCACCAGGACAUGGAACCUGUGAAAAACAGUUUCAUAGAGGAGGGUAGUGGAAUGAGAGAUGUACCUACCUGGUUGAAGAGUUUAAGGCUUCAUAAAUAUGCCUACCUGUUUCAACAGAUGACAUUCGAAGAGAUGUUGUCAGUCUCGGAAGAAUGGCUUGAAACACAAAAUGUCACAAAGGGUGCUCGUCACAAAAUUGUCCUGAGUCUUCGCAAAUUAAGGGAAAGACAGGAACUAUUAAAAUCCAUGGAAAAGGAUAUUGUUGAUGGUGGAUCAGUCUCUACCAUUAAAUCUGUGCUAUCUGAAAUGAAGGGUAUGCUAAAUACACCAAUGAAGGCCUUCCCCUCAGGGGAUUCCCAAGUCCCCUCAUCCCCUCCCCCCUCCCCUGUGUCUGACAGUGACACCAUCCCAGAGGGUGAUGUGCCAGGGCAGUUCACCCGUGUCAUGUGGAAAGCGUGUACACAGUUACUAGUAACAACACCAUAUGACGAUGAGUGCUUUAACCUCUUUAUACAAGUCAUAGACAAGUGCUUAAACCAUGAGGCUUUCUCAGCGCGCCAGAAGAAGAGAUUGGCGUCAUGGAAACAUGAGACCCAAAGAAACUGGCAACCAAAGUACACCAUUGACAGACGGAAACCAGGAUUUGGAGGAAAACCAUUUUGGAAUAAUACCAUUGGGAUGCAAAGACCAUUAAGGUUACAGAGAUCAGGCCCUCAGUGGAGUUUUGGAACCAAGAGGUCUAUUGUGGGGGGCACAAGUAGUGGGCAUGCCCCCUUGACAAGAAACAGUUCCCUCAACCCAGCUAUCUUCUCACGUCCAGGGCCUCUAGAGACUCAGAAGCCCCCGGUGACCAGGACUCACUCUGCCCCCUUGAGAUCUCAACAUCAUUUUGGUCUCAAUUUUACAGGUUGUGACCAGCUAGCAGGGGAUAACCUGGAGAACUAUGCUCAGUUAGAUUCCCUGUGUCUCAGUGUCACUGAGCACGCCUUAGGAAGUAGUCUAGAGACAAAUGAGAAAGGGACAACAUACUAGGAAAAGAUGCUGAGUUUGUUACAUGCUGCUGCACAGAUUUGUUUAAACUGUCUCAUGUGAUGAGGCUGUGAAAUAUUCAUCUCGAAUAAAUAUACAUGUGUUGAUUUCUCUGGAUGUAAAUUUCAUUAACAAUUUAUAGUGCUUUUUUUCUGCACUGUAAGUCGGUAUUUAUUGGUGUUCUCUACCAGAAGUAUUAUUUAUUGACAGGUCCUAUAUAUGAGUGUGUUCCACAAUGUUGCCAUGCCUUACCCUAUGUACACGUCUGUUGCCACGAUGUACAUGUGUCUAAAAUUGUACAAUAACAACAUUUUUCCUUACUUAAAAUUUGUAUUAAUAAACUAUUUCAAAAGGUUUGAAAAACCAUUCAAAGUAAAUCUAAUUUUUUAACACAUUUAUAGCAUCAUCCAUGUUUAAAGGAUGGACACCAAAAUUUUUUGUGCAUGUUUUUUUCAUUUGAUAGAAAUGCAUGUUGAAAAGGGGUGUUAAAUAUUGUGUUUAUAGCAGCAUUGAUCUGUGCAAAAUGCGCUAUUGUCUACCAAGUGUUCUGAUGAUGCAAAUUGUUUUUAAAUUUUGAAAUCCAAAAAAGAAAUUGAUAGUAGUUUAUCACUAGUUAAUAUUAAUUUGUUCAAAUAUAGAUUUUUAGAGUCAUUAAAUGUUAACGUUUAUAUGGUAUUAAUUGGACUUAAAAAUAUUGAUGUUAAAGUGAAUUUGUUUAAGUGUGUUAUUGUAUCUAAACAAAGUCUACUGUAUUAAUACAGGUAUAUUUUGAUAAAUCUUCUAGUUUUUUUGGAGGAAAAAUACUAUUUGAAGAAAUUAAUAUUUAUAAUAUCAGGGUAAAAAAAAAAAAAAGAAAAUUAUUUCGUUUUACUUAUCAUCAAAUUAAGUAUGCACCUUUUUUGGUGGCAGAUGGGACCAAUAUUUCUGUACAUUAUAUGAAUACAAAUAUGAGGACAUUGAAUGUUAAAAUUUUAAUUGCGAUUAAUAAUGACAGAAGCAUCAGUAGGAAAAUUAUAUUUUUUCUUGGAAAAUUAGAAAGUAAACACAUGAAUGGAUACAGAAAAAUAUUGUUCAAAAUAUUCAUAACCUGUUCACUAUACAUAUAAAAAGAUAAUUUUUACAGAGUUGCACACCCUCUGUUGUGUGUUCAUAUGUUACAAGAGUCCAUAUAAAUUGCUGCUGGUACAGUGAUUAUAUACAUGUAUGUAUAAAUAUAUUUAAAUGUAUUUGCAUGCUUUGUUUAUGCAUGUAUAAAUUAAUGUAGUGGUCACCAAUUGCUCUUAUCCAUUACUACAUGUAAGGUAUCUUGAGCAAAAGAACAAUGUUUAUUAAUAUUAUUUACUCUAGGAUAGUAUGUAAAAUUCAUAAAAUUGAGUAAUGUCAUUAUUCAAUAAGGAAAUCAAGAGUAUUGUUUAAUUUAUAUAGAGAGAGUGUAUUGCGAUAAAUAAUGUAGUUUAAUACUAUUUUUUUUGUAAAGGGGAGGGAAACAAGUGGGCAGAAGUGCUACCUCUUUUUUUUGAAUGACAGAUUCAGGAGGUAGAGAGGAGGGUUGAUUUUUUCCCACAAAUAAUUUUAAAGAUAUGCAACUUAAAGAAGGGAUUAUGAAAAUUAUCUCGUAUAAUAUUUUUUUAUGAAUAAGAGUAAUUGGUGGUCUUGAUUUAUGGAAUAUAUUUUAUGAAGUAUAGCAUAUGGUAAGAUUUUUUACUACACUAGUCAGAGUUUACCAUCAUACCAUAACCAUGUACCUGAGUACAGGUAAAUCAAACCAUCUGAGUAACGACCUGAGGUUGUAAAUUAUUCACCUUCCUGAUACUCAAUCCAAACUCAAGUUUUAUUGACUGCUAAUUAGAUUUCAAUAAAUAAAAAUCCUUGUAAGGGCUUUCUUCUAGAUCUUAAUAUUCUGAAAUAAAUACAUGUAUUCAUAUCCAUUAUUAUAUUGUUAUGUGUACAUGCACCUAGAAUCUAAACCAUUUGUAAGUAUUACUUAACUAUGGUUUAAUGUUCUGCAAUAGCUUUGGUAAUUCAACAUUGCAUAUACUGAUGAAAUCAAAACAAGAUUGUAAAUGUUUUUCAUUAAUGCUAGUACAUGUAUUGAUUGAAGAAACUGUUGAAAAGAUUCUGGUAUAUUAACUGUUACUAUGUAACACCGAGGGAAAUUAAACUAUGAAUGCUUGUUUGUAAGAACCUUUUUUAUGAAACCUCAGAUAUGUGAUAAUUUAGCCUUAGAAUCUCAUCUUUCUCAAUUUUUUUUCUAUGAAAAGAAAAAAAGGUUUUGAUUGAUUUUUGUACAGUUCAUUUCAAUCAUUUGUACUAAAAAUUUUUCACUAAAUUCAAAUAUUGUAUUUUGUAAUUUUGUAUGUGUCAAAUGAAAAGAAAAAAUAUGAUUAUUCCAGAGGAAAAAACAAAAAUAUUCAGAAACAACUAUUGAUUGUGUAAUACAAGUUAGAUUAUGUCACAUUGGUCUUGUAGACUAGUGUUUCUCAUUUGCUUGUCUAUUUGCAUAUGAAACCUCAGAAUUUUUUCAAUACAAGGCAAUUUUAAGAGGUGAUAUUGCAUUAAACCGGUUAUUUAUAUACUGUUGAUUUUUUUUCUCAAAUCGAAAUUUUAGCAUCUAAAGUUUGUGACAAAAAAUAUAUAAUGGAGUCAUCAUGUCUGUUGUGAUUUUACUGAUACUGCUGGACAUGUGAACUUUCAGUUGCUGUCACCUUUAUUUCAUAUACAUGUAUAUGUAUAACAUCAUGAAAAAGUUAAUUGAUUGCACAAUCAUUCAUGUUUAUGUUAGUUACAACCGAUUCUGUAGUACCGGUAUAUUGAUUUGUCCAUAAUGCCAAAUUUAACAGCAGUUUCUUAGUACAUGAAGUGUUUAGCCUGGCUGUAACACAUUAUUCUACAAGUAAACUUAAAAAGACUCACAUUUUCUACACAGGGUAAUGUGGAAUUUUAGGAAAACAUAAUUUUUAUUUUAAAAAAAACAAUUUGCAGUGCCAUUAAAUUUUGUAAGUCUUGUACUUUUCUUUUUAACCAGCACGUCAAGUGAACGUUGCAUGUUUGUUGGAGUACUGUUAUUGAAGUUCACUCUUUGUUAUCAACCCACCUUCUUUGUUUUAAGCGUGCCAUUAGAUGCAUACUGGAAAUCACUUGAUUUAAUAGAUUUUGAAAACUAUUGAUUUGUAAAUUAUGACUUUUUCAUUUAUAGUUUAUUACAGUUGGGAAAAUGACUGGAGUAAAAUAACAAUUGAACAAAAAUGAAUUUUGGUCAAGAAAGUGUAAAGCAAUUUAAUUUUUGAAUUUACUUUCUACAAGAAUAAAGUGUGUAAGUUGUUAUGUACAAUUUUAAUUGUUGAAUGUCACUGACAUGUAAUUUCUGUUAUUGAAGUUGUGAGUUCAGAUGUUUCUUUUUUUAUGUUUUCAGUGUUAGAAUGUUUAUGGUUAAUUGAUUAGUAAUUGAUGGUAUGCAAUGUUUUGAAUUAGUGUUCUUGUUGCUUUAUAAACAAUUUUGUCACAUUUUCAAAGAAAAUCAAAUAAAGUGGUUGUAAUAUGCCAUCUGGAA